CUUCUUCAAGAGUUGGAGAUGAGGAGCAGGAGCAACUCUGGAGUCCGUUUAGAUGGCUACGGUCGGCUGGUUCAACAGACCAUUCUGAGUCAUCAGAACCCAGUUACGGGACUGCUCUCUGCCAGCACAGAGCAAAAGGAUGCUUGGGUCCGAGACAACAUCUACAGCAUUUUGGCUGUGUGGGGCCUGGGGAUGGCCUACAGGAAGAACGCAGACCGGGAUGAAGAUAAAGCCAAAGCUUAUGAACUAGAGCAAAACGUUGUGAAACUGAUGAGGGGACUUCUGCAAUGCAUGAUGAGACAGGUAGAUAAGGUGGAGAAGUUCAAGCACACACAGAGUACCAGCGACUGUCUGCAUGCCAAAUAUAACACAGCCACCUGUGGUACUGUAGUGGCCGAUAAUGAAUGGGGACAUCUGCAAGUAGAUGCAACUUCACUUUAUCUUCUUUUCCUGGCUCAGAUGACAGCCUCUGGACUGCGUAUUGUGUUCACGCUUGAUGAAGUUGCAUUUAUACAGAACCUUGUGUUUUACAUAGAGGCUGCAUACAAAGUUGCUGACUAUGGCAUGUGGGAACGUGGUGAUAAAACCAAUCAGGGCAUCCCUGAACUGAAUGCAAGUUCCGUAGGAAUGGCCAAAGCUGCAUUGGAAGCAAUUGAUGAAUUGGACCUUUUUGGAGCUGGAGGAGGACACAAGUCAGUAAUUCAUGUUCUUCCAGAUGAAGUUGAACAUUGUCAGUCUAUUCUAUACUCCAUGUUGCCGAGGGCAUCCACGUCAAAAGAGAUUGAUGCUGGUCUGUUGUCCAUCAUUUCUUAUCCAGCCUUUGCUGUAGAGGACAUGAACGUUGUUAAUGCAACUAAAAAUGAAAUUAUCACCAAGCUCCAGGGACGAUAUGGCUGCUGUCGUUUUCUUCGAGAUGGUUAUAAAACACCAAGAGAGGAUCCAAGUCGAUUACACUAUGAUCCCGCUGAGCUCAAAUUGUUUGAGAACAUAGAAUGUGAGUGGCCUAUAUUCUGGACGUAUUUCCUAAUCGAUGGUGUGUUUAACGGUGACAGAAUUCAGGUGCAAGAGUACAGAGAAGCUUUGGAGGGGAUACUAAUAAGAAAGAAAAAUGGGAUUCUUCUGAUGCCAGAACUGUAUGCGGUGCCUCCAGAUAAGGUGAAUGAAGAGUAUGAGAAUCCUCACACAGUGGACCGUGUUCCAGCUGGGAAGCUGCCUCAUCUCUGGGGUCAAUCAUUAUACACCCUCAGUGCCCUCCUAGCAGAGGGUUUUUUGGCUGCUGGAGAAAUCGAUCCUUUAAAUAGGAGGUUUUCAACUUCUUUUAAGCCUGAUGUUGUAGUUCAAGUAACUAUCCUAGCAGAAUCCAAUGAAAUUAAGAAACUGUUGAGACAUCAUGGAAUCAAUGUUCAGAGUGUGGCGGACAUUAAUCCGGUUAGGAUGCAGCCAGCACGGAUCCUGAGCCACCUGUAUGCCAAGCUUGGCCGCAAUAAACACAUGAAAUUGAGUGGGAGACCUUACCGACAUAUUGGUGUCCUGGGAACAUCUAAGCUUUAUGUUAUAAGAAAUCAAAUAUUUACUUUUACUCCUCAGUUUACAGAUCAGCAUCACUUCUAUUUGGCCUUAGACAAUCGGAUGGUUGUGGAGAUGCUUCGAACAGAACUGGCUUAUCUUACCUCCUGCUGGAGGAUGACUGGGAGGCCAACUCUUACAUUUCCAAUUACCAACACGAUGCUCAUUAAUGAUGGUUCUGACAUUGAUCCAGCAAUUCUUGCCACCGUACGAAAACUUGGGGAUGGAUACUUUGGAGGAGCUAGGGUGAAGUUGGGCAAACUUUCAGAUUUUCUUACCACUUCGUUCUAUACAAACCUAAGCUUCCUGGAUCCAGGUUGUAAUGGAAAACUGUUUGAUGAUUUGAAUGAAGGCUAUUCUAGUCCUGAAAGUGGCUAUGAACUAGAAGAUUAUACAGACUUUGGUGACAAAGAAUUCCAAGAUGAGCUGGACCAGUAUAUACACAGUAUAUUGCAGAGCACAGCUCUUAAAUCCUAUCUGCCUCCAAUCUCAAAAGCCUCCAGUUCACCCCAUGUGUUUAGUGCUGCUCAUUCCACCAGAGAAAUACUGUCAAUCAUGGCCAAGGCAAAGGGCUUGGAGAUUCCAAGUGUUUCAAUGUCUUUGCCUACAAAGGUUUUAAACACACACCGGAAAUCUUUGAACCUUGUUGACUCUCCACAUCCAGUGAAGGACAAACAGGAGCCGGAGGCGGUUCUUCAGUUGCCCAAAGAUGAUCAUGGUGAUUUGGACUGUGAGAAGUUAGUUGGGCAGCUCAAGGAAUGUCCCAGUUUACAUGACCAGGCAGACAUAUUAUACAUCUUGUACCUAAUAAAAGGCCUUGACUGGGAAACGCGGCUCCAUGGCCAGUGUGGAAUCACCGUUCAUUGUCUUUUGAGUGAGCUCUACAGCAAAGCAGGCCUGAACCAAGAAUGGGGCUUGAUCCGCUACAUCUCUGGCAUCCUCAGGAAACGAGUGGAGGUCUUGGCUGAGGCCUGCACAGACCUUCUGUCACACCAGAAGCAACUUACAGUGGGUCUUCCCCCUGAGCCACGCGAAAAAACAAUCACGGCUCCUUUGCCACCUGAACAGCUUAUUCAACUUAUCUACGAAGCCAGCGGAGAAGACAUUAGCAUUGCUGUUCUUACACAGGAAAUAAUGGUGUAUCUGGCCAUGUAUGUCCGGUCACAGCCCAGUCUCUUUGCAGAGAUGCUCAGACUCCGCAUUGGUCUCAUCAUUCAAGUGAUGGCCACAGAACUGGCUCGCAGUUUGAAUUGUUCUGGUGAAGAAGCCUCAGAAAGCUUAAUGAAUCUAAGCCCCUUUGAUAUGAAGAAUCUCCUUCACCAUAUUCUCAGUGGGAAAGAAUUUGGAGUCGAAAGAAGCAUGCGUCCUCUUGAUUCCUCCACGUCAAGCCCUGCCAUAUCUAUUCAUGAAGUGGGCCAUACAGGAGCAACUAAAACAGAGAGAAGCGGCAUUACAAGGCUGAAGAGCGAGAUGAAGCAGAGGCAUGGAAGACUAAGUAGUAGUGAACAGUUCUUCUAUGGGGGCCACUCUACAUCCAGCAGCAUGCACUCUUCCAGGUCCAUGAGAUGCAGCAGUCCUUCUUCUCCGACCAGCACAUCUUCCCUGACGGGGCCUGGUGGGCACUGCAUCAGUUGGGGUGAUCGUCAAGGGCAGUGGCUUCGCCGGAGACGACUUGAUGGUGCUAUUAAUAGAGUCCCUGUCGGUUUCUACCCAAAAGUGUGGAAGAUCCUUCAGAAGUGUCAUGGGCUGUCCAUUGAUGGCUAUGUCCUUCCUUCGUCAACUACAAGAGAGAUGACCGCGUGUGAGAUCAAGUUUGCUGUUCAUGUCGAGUCAGUGCUGAACCAUGUACCCCAGCCUGAAUACAGGCAACUGCUUGUGGAAGCCAUCCUUGUGCUUACAGUGUUAUCUGAAAUAGAGGCGAGCAGCAUUGGGGGUAUAAUUCACGUGGAUCGGAUCGUGCACAUAGCAAAUGAUCUCUUUCUUCAGGAGCAGAAGUCCCUCGGAGCAACUGAUAGUUUCCUGGAGCGAGACCUCGCCACGGGGAUCUGCUACUUUUUGUAUGACAGUGCCCCGAGUGGUGCUUAUGGGACAAUGACUUAUCUGACAAAAGCAGUAGCAAGCUACCUACAUGAGUUUCUACCAAGCACAGGAUGCCUAAUGCAAUAAACAGUCUAAAACAC